AUGGCAACAUCAAUAGUUACAAUAUAUACCGAUGGAUCAUGCAUCCGCGCCUACGGUAAUACUCAACGCCGCGCUGGAGCUGGUGUUUACUCCCCAGAAAGGCCCGAUUUGAGCAGGUCCAUGCCACUUUCUCAGCUUGAAACCACGAACCACGCGUAUACAAACCAACGAGCCGAGUUGCAUGCUCUCAUAAUUGGCCUCAAUUUGAUUUUUCAAGAAAAGGCCAAGCGGAGCCACGAUUCGAAAUGUAUUUUUUUUGAACUUUACUCGGAUGCAAGAAGUGCCAUUAACUUAAUCACGACCCAGGGCCCCGCGUUCCGAAGAAGAUAUGGGGAAGAUUUCAACAACUGGGUCAAUCUGAAGCACCAACCAGUUGCCAAUGCCGAUUUAAUCAAUCAAGCUAUGGAGAUAUAUAGGAAAAUCAACAGGCUUUUCCCCGGGUCGUUUGCUCUUUUGCAUUGUUAUGGUCACAGUGGCAAUAUUGGGAACGAAGAAGCCGACAGGCUUGCUAAAAAGGCAUGCGAGUGCUGUCAAGUGUGCCAUGUUACAGGCGCAGUUCUGUCAAUCUUCAGGAGGAGAGCUUCUGAUUAUAGCGCAGCGAUGAGUGAGCAAAAUGCACAUCAAGCCAUUUGUGUUGCUGAAAUGCCAACUACUAGUGACUGUGACCAAGUGGAAAGCGAACGGAGUGCCCCGGGCCAAAGGGUCCUUGACCAAGUGGUCCCCGUUGUUGAAGAGACGGUUGAUAACCGUGACAAUGCGCCGAAUGGAGAACGGACGUACAGCUUGUUUGGAACACUCUGGCAGGCUUUGAAAUUGCUGUGGCGGACUUUGUGCAAAUGUACCAGCACUUGUCUUUUCGCUAUGAUUUGGCAAUCUUGGGACAAGUUUCAAGAUUGCAUAGAGUAG